GAUUAAUCUUCUUGGUGGGUUUCAUACGGGGUACCCCAUAACAUUAUUUUUUGGCCAUCGACCGACAAAGGAUCCAAACUCUGCCAUUAAUGAAGGCGACAACCUCUUUGAUUCUCCAUUGAUCUUGCAGAUACAUGUCCCUCUAUCUCACUCAAUACCCUCACUCUUUCACUCAAUAUACUACUAUUUCUGUCUGCAGGAACAGUGAACCUUUCAGCCUCUUAUAUUACAUAAACAUCCUCUCUCAACACCCCCACUUCGCACCCUAUAUCCUUUCCUCUCUAUUGCUUUCUUUCCCACACUACUUGCUCCAUACUCAUUCUAGGAACCACUGCAACUACCUUCUACACCCUCUUAUGGCCAUGAAUUUCCAUCCCAAUACUUCUCUUCACCUAAGCCAAUCGGACGAUGAGAUCAAUCACCUCAAUCUAGAUCUUCUUCUUGAGCCAUCUUCUUCUUCUUCAUCUUCUCCCUCACCUAUAAGUCCCAUUGAGCCCCGGAUAUUCUCAUGCAACUAUUGCCAGAGAAAAUUUUAUAGCUCUCAAGCGCUAGGGGGUCACCAAAAUGCUCACAAGCUUGAGAGGACUCUAGCCAAGAAAAGCAGGGAAAUGAGUUCAACCAUGCAGUCUUACGGAGCACCGGAGCAAAGAUCAAACUUCAGUCCUUCACACCAUCUUGGUCGUGCUCUUGGGGUUAACGUUGUGGAUAACCAAGGACAAAGUUAUGUGAGGCUCGCCGGAAGAAAAGAAUACAGCUUUGGAACCAAGGAAGGGGUGGCUUCCUGGUCAAGGGGUUAUGCUUCUGAGCAUGUUCAGGAGGAUAUUGGCCAACUUGACUUGUCGUUGAGGCUUUGAAAUUUUAAUAUGCUUCUGUGACUAUGAGUGAUAAGAUGAAUAUUAUGAACCAUUCUGAAUUAAUUUCUGAUUAUGAAUGUAGCAAAUUAAACAAUGCCCCAGUUAUACGCGGAGCUAGCUAAGAGGGGCUAUCUAGUUAGGGGUCUGUGGGGGAAUCAAUCGUGUGUAACAAUUUGAAGUGACACUUUUUAGAAGAUCAGGACGUGCCAGUGCCAUUUUUUUCUUUACAAGGUAAAGGAAGCUUUAUUUCAGGUUACAUAGGUUACUAUAUUGGUGACUGUGGCUAUCUUUAUGGUUUACUUUUGUACGUUUUUUGUACUGUAAGAAUGCCAGUAUAUCUAUUAUUCAAAUUUCACAUUUUUUUAACAUUAAAAUAAGUUUGAUAAAGAAAAACGGACCAAUGCAUCGUCAAAUUCAAAUACUGCUGCACCAGACUAGCAGUGUAACUAAUUAUCAGAAACCAUGCUACGAUUUUCCAUGGUCUAAAAUUCCAUGCAAUGUUU